AUGCAUAAACAAACCAAUAUAAUAGAGCCACCCAUUGUUAAAUUUAAAGUAUAUUCACAUACGAAAUCACCAAAAGUUACAAGAAAAAUUGAAAUAGAUGAUACAACUACAUUUGAAAUACCUCAUAGUGUAGGAUGUUUAUUUAAUAUUAAAGAUCCUUUGGAGGUUAGAUUCCCUCUGAUCUCAAAGUACAAAUAUGAUGACGGUACCAAAAUCGAAAAGGGUAGCUAUCUAAAGGUUGUUAUUAGACAAGACAGCAACAACAACAACAACAACAACAAAGCUGCUACCACUACGACAAUUGUCGGUAAAUGUAUUGCUCUGGUAGAUCUACCACAAACUUCAGGUUUCGGUGGAGGUUUCGCCUUUGCAGCACAACCACAACAACACCCACAAGACAUCAAAUCGAUCGUUCUUCUCGAGGAAAAUGGAUCGGUACAUAACAUCGAUUUCAAAUCAGUUGUGACCUAUACCAUUUUAGAUACUGUAGUAAUCAAUAGCAGUACCAGUACUACUAGUGACUACGAUCCAAACAACACCUAUUCCUCUACCUCCAACUAUAAUAUCAACAACAAUGACAAUGACAACAAUAGUGACUAUGGAUUUGUGUCGACAUCACCAACUCUCUCUGGUAACAACAAAAGUUUUAAAAAUUCAACAUCCUCUUUUAUUACAAUCUAUGGUAAAGGCACUAGAGUUGUUACGAUUUCCUACUCAUUGGAAUUGUAUACUCAUUUCACCAUAGUCCAUGAAACUCAAAAGAUCCUUGGUCUUGUUGAUAAUCAGAAUAUCAAACAAUCCGAGUUCUACUCAACCAAUUUACAAUUUACAUUGUAUUCUUUUAUCCAAUACAAGAAUUUAAAUAACUUGUCUUUUAAAGAUGUAAAUACAAAGUUUGUAAAGCUAGAUCAUUUCGAGAAUGAAACUAUUGUUUACAGUGUUUCAUUGACAAUGGAGAGAGAACAGGACAUCAGAUACUCAAUCGGUAAAUUCAAGUGUAGCGGUAAGCGUGUCUGUUUGGUGUAUGGCGAUAGAAUCUUGAGAGAUGGUUUGAUGAUAAAGAAUGAAUCGAACGAUCAGAUUAUCUAUAGAGGUAUGAUACAUUAUAAGCGAGUACUAUUCGGUCAGUCACUCUCACAUGUCUUGAUCGAUUGUAAACCGGGAGAUUCAACGGUGAUCGAAAUGGAUCAUCUCCGAUACCCGUUGGUAUAUGGCAUCCGUGUCGAUCUUCACCCGCUGCUCACUGCCCAGACUCUGUACAACUACCAGUGUGACUCGGCAUUCCAACCUGGCAAUCACUUUGCCAUAGCAGUCCGAGAGGAAACAACUCACAGCUACACCAUCUUUGAUAACUCUGCUGAUACCUCACACGAGAGAUCAUUCAUCUUCUAUGGCUAUGAAAAUGGUUUCCAAGUGGUCGGUUCCGCAACUCCGACCGAGCUGGCACCGCAAGUCUAUCAUGUCCGUUUGGAAUCUGGACAAUCAACAACAUCGUUCCAACUAAAGAAGACACUCGAUACCUGUAUGCAACAAGUAGCAUUAAGCGAUCCAUCCAAUCAAUUUAAAUUUGAAAAGAAUCAAUUCAAGGUUGAACUUACUCAAGAUGACCAACAUCCUCUUCGUCACUACCUUCCUAAUGUAGGUAAAACAUUACCAAUUUAUCUCGGACAGUUUGGAGAUAGAAGUGGUGUUGUAGUGUCGAAUGGAAAAUUCAAUUACCCAUUGGCUCCAGCAGGAUUUAGCUUUGCACCAACAACAUCAACUGGUUUUAGUUUUGGAUUUGGAGCAGCGGCACCAGCAACAUCGUCUGGUUUUGGAUUUGGAGCAGCAGCAUCAACACCAACACCAACAGCAAUUUUUGGAGUAACAAAUCAAUCGGUUGCUCCAAACCCAACAACAUCUACAUUUGGUUCGACACAAUCAACUUCUACCAGUGCAUUUGGAACAUCAAGUUCAACUCUACCAGCAGCAACUAAUCUAUUUGGAGGAAGUAGUUCUACUCAAUCAACUACUUCGACCACGAGCGUAUCACCAUUUGGAAGUCAACCAUCAUCAGGUGGUAUGUUUGGUGGAUCAUCAUCACCAACCAGUGGUAGUUCCAUCUUUGGUACAACAACUCCACAGUCAGCACCAGCAGCAGCAACAGGCACAUCAUUAUUUGGAGGUGGUAGUUCGACUCAACAACCAUCAUCAGGUGGUAUCUUUGGUGCACCCGCAUCCCAAUCAAAUUUAUUUGGACAAGUACCCUCUACCACAUCAUUAUUUGGAGCAAGUAGUAGUUCUACUCAACCAUCAUCAGGUAGUUUGUUUGGUGCAUCAUCAUCAUCAUCAUCAUCAUCACCAUCAACCACAGGCACAUCCUCAUUUGGUAGUCAUGGAUUUGGAGGAUCGACCCAAACUACAUCACCAAAUGUCUCACUAUUUGGUACUUCAACAACUGCACAACCACCAGCAACCACAGGUUCAUCGUUGUUUGGAUCUGCAACAUCAACAACACCAGCCCCAUCAAGUGUUGUUUCACCAUUUGGUUUGACAGCAACAACAGCACCAACAACUUUUUCAUUUGGUACACCAGCAGUUGAUUCCGUGUUUGAAUCAGUUUCACAUAAUCCACCACCUCAAGCAGCUGCACCAUCGUAUCUCGCAUUACCUCAAAUGCUACCAACACCACGUCCCCAAAAUGUCAUUUUGGGCGACGGUAUGAAUCUAGUAUCAUUGUUACCCAACAAUAGAACAGUAUCUUUUGAAGAAUUAAGACUAGAACAUAGAACUGCUGGAAAAUAA